CUGCCCGGGCUGGCUUUGAACCAUGAUCCUCAGGUCUCAGCCUCCUGAGUAGCUGGGAUUACAGGCAUGCACCACAGCGCUUGGCCACCAUUGAACUGCAUUGUCUCCAGAUAUGCAAAUGCUCCCUGGACUGUCCUGCCCCUCUUCUCUCCCCACAACUGAGGGUGAGUCACCCUAUCUCCAAGCCCGUGGCACCCCUGGGGUACAAAAGUUCAGAGGCUGCUGGCAGCAGCCUCAGCGUCACUCAGCGUCAGCAGGAGAGAGAGGAGUCUGGAGAGAGCGAGGGAGAGCAACAUGGCUGCGGGACCAGCUCCUGCGACUGGAGAUGACACUCUAAGGAGGCGGAUCGAGCCCUGGGAGUUCGAAGCGUUCUUCAACCCCCAGGAGCUGCGCAGGGAGGCGUGUCUGCUGUACCAGAUCACCUGGAGCAGCCACAAGGUGUGGAGAGAGACCGCCAAGAACACGGCGGACAGUCACGUGGAAGUGAACUUCAUCAAAAACCUGACCUCGGGGAGGUACUGCCGACCGUCCACCCGCUGCUCAAUUCUCUGGUUCCUGUCCUGGAGUCCUUGUUCCUCCUGUUCGAAAGCCAUCAAGCUGUUCCUCAGCCAGCACCCCGGUGUGUCUCUGGUCAUCCAUGUCGCCCGGCUUUUCCAGCACGUGGAUCCUCAAAAUCGCCGAGGGCUCCGGGAACUCAUUCACAGUGGGGUCACCAUCCAGGUGAUGAGGCCCCAAGAGUAUGAUUACUGCUGGAAGAAUUUUGUCAACUACCCCCCUGGGCAGGAAGAGCAUUGGCCAAGAUACCCCGUCCAGUGCAUGGCGCUCUACAAUUUGGAACUCUACUGCAUUAUUCAUAAUCUUCCACCCUGUGUACGGAUUUCAAAACAACGUCAAAGCCAGCUUACAUUUUUCUCACUUCGGCUUGAGAAUAUCCACUAUCAGAGGAUCCCGCCUCCGCUUCUUUUGCUGACGGGUGGUCCAUUGGAGAUAAGAGUUUCAUGGAGUUUCCUGCCCGGGCUGGCUUUGAACCAGGAUCUGCAUCUCUCAGCAUCCUGAGAAGCUGAGAUUACAGGCGGGAGCUACCAGUCUCUUGUGUCAAAACAAACCCCCCCCCCAAUAGAAAAGUUCCUCUCCAGCCGUAUCCCCGAUUGUAUCAUUUUCUGCCAUCUCUCCUAAUUACCCCACAGCUUCCCGUCUGAAAAUAAUAAAUAUUUAUUAUGGUUUGCAGUGUGUCA